AAUUGACAGAGACAGACACAGACACAGACAGAUCGACAGACAACUCCUCAGUUAUCAGCUUAACUUCCUCACUCACCCCCCUCCGAUUUGUCUCCAUCUACGACAACCCAAAACCCAAAAACCAUAUCAUCUUCUUCUUCUUCUUCUUUAACUCAAAAACUCUUCUCCAAUUCCUUCUCUCUCCUCUCUCUCUCCAAUGGCCGACCAAUCUCCUCCAGCUCCACCCGUGACCCAACCACCACCCUCGUUAGAAUCAGACUCUCCUCUUCCUCCUCCGCCACCGCCGGAAUCUCCAGCACCAGCAGUAGCAGCAGCCUCGGAAUCUCAGGCGGAGACCCAGAAGGAAGAUCCACCGCCGGCGCCGGAGAACGUCGAGAAAGAAGACCUGCCUUCGGAACCGCCGGAGCCGGAGGUGGUUGUGAAGGAAGAAUCGAUUCCACUGCCACUGCCGCCGGCGCCAGCGCCAGAGCCGGAGUGGAAGGAGGCGAGAGAGAAACUGGGAGAGUUUUUGGCCGACGAUUCUGAGAAAUCCAAAGGGGGUUCGGAGAAUCCAGAAGAACCGACAAAGAUUCCUCAGUCUCUGGUUUCGUUCAAAGAGGAAAGCAACAAAGUCGCCGAUCUCUCAGACUCGGAGAGGAAAGCUCUCGAGGAGCUGAAGCAUCUCAUCGAACAAGAACAACAAAAUGAAACCGAAGAACUUUCCAUUUGGGGAGUUCCUCUUCUGAAAGACGACAGAACAGACGUGAUACUUCUCAAGUUUCUCAGAGCAAGGGACUUCAAAGUGAAGGACGCUUUCGCCAUGUUCAAGAACACCAUUCGUUGGAGAAAGGAGUUUGGCAUCGACGAGCUUUUGGAUGAGGAUCUUGGGGACGAUCUAGACAAAGUGGUUUACAUGCAUGGAACUGAUAGAGAAGGCCAUCCCAUCUGUUACAAUGUUUUCGGGGAGUUUCAGAACAAGGAUUUGUAUCAGAAAACGUUUUCUGAUCAGGAAAAGAGGACCAAGUUUUUGAGGUACAGGAUUCAGUUCUUGGAGAGAAGUAUUAGAAAGCUUGAUUUUAGCCCCGGUGGUGUUUGUACUAUUUUCCAAGUUAAUGAUCUCAAGAACUCUCCUGGACCGGCAAAGAAGGAGCUCAGGAUCGCCACUAAACAAGCCCUCCAGUUGCUUCAGGACAAUUAUCCUGAGUUUGUUGCCAAACAGGUGUUUAUCAAUGUUCCGUGGUGGUAUCUUGCAUUCUACACUAUGAUAAGUCCAUUCCUGACUCAGAGGACCAAAAGCAAGUUUGUUUUUGCAGGCCCGGUUAAAUCCCCUGAGACCCUUUUCAAAUACAGUUCUCCUGAGCAAGUUCCUAUCCAAUACGGUGGCCUGAGUGUGGAUUUCUGUGAUUGCAACCCGGAAUUCAGCAUUUCUGAUCCGGUCACCGAAGUGAACAUCAAACCGGGAACUAAGCAAACUGUUGAGAUCAUAAUUUAUGAGAAAUGUGUGAUUAUAUGGGAGCUGCGAGUUGUGGGGUGGGAAGUAAGCUAUGGAUCUGAGUUUGUGCCCAACGCUGAAGGUCGAUACACAAUUAUUAUACACAAGUCUAGAAAGUUUGCCCCAAGUGAUGAACCCGUAGUGCACACCAGCUUCAAAGUUGAUGAAUUGGGCAAGAUUUUGCUGACAAUCGACAACCCGACUUCGAAAAAGAAGAGGCUUCUCUACAGGUUCAAGAUCAAGCCUUUCUCUGACUGAGUAUAUUCAGAAUUGGGAGCUCUUGGGAAGAAACUGAUGAAGAAUAAGAAGAAUGAAUGGCAUCUCCUUAACCUCCUCAUAUUGGUUGUUGAAGCUUUCUACUUUGCUGUCGAGCUCUGUAUAUUGGCCUUUUUUUUUGGGUGUUCCAUCAUAUUGAGAGAUUUUAGAGUUGUAACAUUUGGAUUUAACUUUUGGUGGGUUUUCCCAUGUUCGUGCUUCUAGGAUUUUUGAGUGAGAGUUGCAUAUGGAAUCGAAUUUGUGUCGUUUUUUGGGAUCGUAUAUAGAACUGAAGAAGACAUAAAUCAUUUUGGCAACUUGCAAUCUGAGGGCUGGUGUGGGAAAAUCCAUAUACCUUUUACAUCUUUUUGUUGUGGGGUCAUGGGAAUUUUCUUCAUUGUAUUUUCUUUAUCUACAUAUAUAACAGAUAUUGGUUUAUUGGACCA